GCACCUCGCCCCAAAAGGCCUCCACUUUCGGAGUAACUAACACAACGAGUAAUUUUAAGGUGCCUGCCCUAUAUAUGCUCAUGGAAAUUGAAUGUAUCUUACCAGUCUCGCUUUUCCAAAUUAAGACUGUCUAGUUUGUUGCUGUUUGUUCAUAUAAUUUUCAAUAAUCGAAUAAAGAUUAAAGACAGAGUUGGUAAACUAAGAUGCCUUACCUGUUAUGCUACCCCUGCCUGCCCUUGAUUGCUUCCGAUCCGGUGCUUCUGAGUGAUUUCUGGCAGAUAUAAACAUAGCGGCUGGGCUGGCAAGUGACAGCAGGAACAGUUUACCCAAAGUACUUGCAAGAUUAUCUGCACUGAGUGAACUCAUGGUAGUUGUGGGACCUAGUUUGGUACAUGACCAGAUAAAAUUGAGAUUAGUGCUGCAUUUUAACAAUUCACAUCAAUCACAUGGAAUUAUGCACUCAAGUUUCCUUACAGACAGAAAACAGCGUGUUAGGUUGAAUACUGCAAUGGUGCUUUUCAGUUUCCACAGUCACAAACAGCCCUAGAGGUGUAAAGUUUGCAGCAAAUGGCAACGUCUCAGAAAAGUUUGAAGCCAAAAUUGAGUGAAAGAAAUCCGCAAUUAAAGUGCAGAAACAAUUGUGGUUUUUAUGGUAACCCAGCAUGGCAUGGUUAUUGCUCACUAUGUUACAAAGCAUAUCUUGCAAAUGAGGCAGCACAUAGGUUGAGUGAGAAGAAAAGUACACAUGCUACAAAGUCAAGUGUAUCCUUUGGGACAGAUCAAGCAUCACCAAAUGAAGAAACAACAUUAGCAUUUUCCAAAUUUGAAGAGAAGAAGAAACUUCAGACCACUUCAAAGAGGCAAAGUGUAAGGAAAUUGUUUACAAAGACUAAAGGUGGUCUGCCAAUAGAGGUGCCUUUAGAACCGAAUGCCUCAAUGUCAGCUGUAAGGGGAAAUGAUUUUGAUGGCCAUUAUGUGCCAUCAUCAGAUGUGUAUCAAAGUGCAUCUGAUUUCAACAUUUUUCUUAAAACUCUACGUAAACCAGCAGCACAAGAUAUAGUUGGAAAAUGUAAAUUUGUUACAGAGCAAGUUAUACACAACCCUACUUGGUCUGUUGAGCGACAAAGUGAAUUUCUUCAAAAAUUCUAUAUUCAUAUGGAAGAACGUUUGGAGAGUCAUGUUGUGUUUAAAGGGACCACUCCAGCUCAACUACAAACUGCCUUAGAUGGAGUUGAAAAAUAUGUCAUGACUAAGAUAUAUAAAAUGGUUUUUUGUCCGCAAUCGACCGACGAUGAACUCAAGGAUUUGGAAAUACAGAAGAAGAUUCGUCAACUCAAGUGGGUUACUAGGCAACACUUGGACGCAGCCAUCGACCUGGAGAACAGUAAGGUCCUGGAGUUAUUGGAAGACGCACAAAAUGAUAUUGUUGAGGUAAAUACGAAAAGAGCUCCGCAAGACAAGUUGGCGUGUAUAGUCAGAUGCAGCAAACGUGUGUUUCAUAUUAUUCGUCUUUCAUCACCGGAUGGAGGUCCUGGCAGCGCUGACGAAUUCUUACCGUGUCUUAUAUAUGUUAUAUUAAAGUCCAAUCCUACUAAGCUUAACUCAAAUAUCCAAUACAUAACAAGAUUCUGUAAUGCUAACAAACUAAUGAGUGGUGAAGCGGGAUAUUAUUUUACGAAUUUGUGCUGUGCAGCAAAAUUUAUCGAAAUGAUUGACGCCCAAUCUCUGUCACUUACCGAAGAAGAAUUUAAUCGUUAUAUGAAUGGUGAACAACCUCCAGGUCCGUCAGAAGAUCCAAAUCCUGAGGAUGAAAACAUGUGUGAUGGUCUUAAACUAAUGCAGGAAAACUUGGAUAAUUUAGCUGAAUUAAGAGAAGGACAACUAAAAUGGAGACAUAAAGCAGUUCAAUUACAAAAUGAUAUCGCUUCGUUCAGAUCAGACGUUACCAAAGAGGUUGAAGGAAUUCUAAAUGGUACCAAUAACGGACAAUUAAAAUACCUCAAGCAAUAUUUAGACAAAGACUCGGGGAGCCAAACGGAAAAGAAUGUGAAUCCCGAUAGUCAAACAACCUCUGGUAUUGUUAGCUAAUAUUAUUUAUUAAUUAUUGAAUGAACGUAUUUAACUCCAUGAAUAUCUAACCUUAUAGAAACAUAUAGUUCGGUUUUGCUUUAUUGUCUCUUUUCCAUGAAACAAAAACUGCAAUGUUCGAAAGGCUAUCUUUCAUUUGUGGAAAUUAUCAUCGGGACAGUUACUAGUAUAGUUUCUUUUGUGUUUACGCCAAAACAAAGACACGACCAUUUUUUCUAAGUUUUCUGCAAAAUAUCUAAUUCAUUCGGCUGAACUUUUUAAAACUCAACAUCUUACUUGAAUUUUCAAUAGCUAUAGUUAGAGUGUAUACAAUCCAACUUUUACGGUCAAAUACUCUUCGUUCCUGUUUAGUCUGUCCACAUAGGCGUAGGGUAGGAACGUGCCGUUUGUCAUGAUGACGUUAAAAUAGACGUCAUUCACUUUGCUAGAUACGCCCAAGGGGACACGCCUCUAAAACUUAUUUUUGCAAAUUUAAGAAUAUUGAAGAUAUUACACAAAAUAAAAGUUAUACUUUUAAUGGAAUUGUUCAUCUAAUAUUUUUUUGAUAAUAUUCAAAAACUCAUCUCUCUGACUCUAUGGAUAACAUUGGAUCACUGUUUUUCAAUGACCGAGGAAGGAAACUCUUCCGUAGCUAGGGAGUCGUUAUAAAUAUUCUUUUACCAGUUACGAAUACCUCUUUUAUACUGAUAGUAAAUAUAGGAAGUAUAUGACAAUAUAAUUUAACACCGAUUAAUUCAAUAUUGAUAAGACAACAUAGAUAGCUAGAUAUAUACAUCCAUUUAUGCAUCGUCCAUGAUUGAGUUCGUAAAUAUAACCAGGGCGCUAUAAAACACGCAUGUUGUGUUUUAUAGUGCCCUGGUCUAACCAACAAGUUACUGUACAUUAGAAAGAAAUAUUGUUUUUAUUGUGAGACAUACAGCACGUCCGAUUGUGGCAUUUUGUGCGUCAUAGUUCAGCUAUUGUUCUCCUUGGUUGAUGAAUAGUUUAAUCUGCUUUUUUAUGAAGAAAGUAUUGUAAAUGAAAAAAUUCUAACAACCCACAUUACAUAACUCAGUAUUGCAGAAGCCGACACUAUAUGCCAUAAAAGUUAAUUCUUGUAUAGAGUAUCUACCUAUUUAGGAACUUUUUGUGAACAACCGGAAAUUAUGGGGGUUGGGCGUGCUAAAAAAGCCACCUUUAUGAACUUUCGUGUCGCCGGAAAUAUGAAAUUGUCUGACUUUCCGAUUUGUGCCUGGGAAUGCAGGAACAUGCUAUAUUGUUCCCGAUGAUAUAUUAAUGAGCCGUACUUGCUUCUUAUUGGUUCCUUUCAAAGUCCCUUGAGUCUGAUUGGUUCAACAAUGUUACAAAAUAUGCCAGGCUUCCCUCAGCUGAAAGAGAAGUUCGAUGUUCUGCUAGAGAAAAAAAUUUGCUAAAGCAAAGUAGACUGAUAUUUGCUUUAUGUUUUCAAGUCUGUGCGAAGUAGCACUUUGUAAUAUCUUGUAUGGAAAAAGAAAGAAAGUGUGGCUAUAAUUCUGGCAAA